AUGAACAGUUUGAGUGGAUCCAAGGUUUCAGUCUCGCAAUUGUCUACAAAUUCUCACAGUCACGAAACAAUACGUUCUGUACCUUUAGAUAUUGAUCAACUAGACUCUUCAUUCAAUUCCAGUCAAAAGCGUGACGAAAAUCUAACCAGCUCCAUGCCGCAUUCUAUCGGGUCUGACUCUCAUCUCAGUUUACAAAAUACAACUAUAAAUUCAUUCAAAGCCCCUCCACGCUUGUCAAGUUUCAAUCCAGUGAGUGGUAUUAACAGAAUAAGCUUGAAGCAGUUUCCAUCGGAGUAUGGCUCUGCCCUCACCUAUUCAAAUGGAAAUAGUGAUGGAAAUAACUCACCAACUUCUGAAGACAACAAUACAGUUCCGACCUCUAGCAUUUCGCCAUGGAACUCAGCCGUUGGUCGAGCAAGCCUUGGUGGCAAAUCUGGACGCGUUAUAGAAAGGUUAAUGGGUGAAAACGAUAUGUUAAAGAGAGAAUUACACAUUGAAAGAUUAAGAGCUGAAGAACAGAAGCAAGCUGUUAAGAUGGCCGAGGGAAGAAUGGAAGCAUUAGCAGCAGAGUAUGAUGGCAAGCUUCAUGAAGCUGCCGUCAAUAAGACUAUGUUAAAAAGAAAAGAGAGGCAGCUUGCAGACCUACGAUUACAGGUUGAAGUAGAAAAAUCAAAAGCUACAGUAGCAAUAGAGAGCGAGAGGAUAUGGAAAGAGCAAAUUCAAAAAGUUGAGGAAGAAUCAAAACAACACGUCGAAGAUGCCUUUAACUAUGCUGCUAUGAUGGAUGCAAGGAAUGCCGCGAUGACCAACCAUUGGAAGGAACAGGGAAAUGAAGUAAAUCGUGCCGUUGCAAAACUUUCUAAAGAAAUUGAGGAAAUAAACCUGGAGCGAAAACAGGACGAUAAGCGCCUAAAUACACUGCAAGGCCUAUGUGAUCAACAGGCUACACUACUAGAAGAGCUUUUAGAGAAACGUAACGCCAUCGUCCUGAAGCAUAAAGAAUACAAGUGUAGCCAAGAAGAGUCCUUGCGAGAUAUCAAAACAUCCGCCCUCCAAGUUGAGGAAAAAAGUGAAUUGCUAUUGGCGGAAACUCAAAAGGUUCUUGGGGAGCUAAAGUGGGCGCUAAGUCUCAAGAAAAAUGAACGAACACCCUGA